AUGAAAUUGAUAGAUAAAGCUUAAGACUAUGACUCAAAUGAUCGAUUAAACUAAAGGAAAUUAAUCAGUGUCAUAUGUGAAACUAAUAAAGAGGCAAGAGAUUAUUUAUAUUUUUUGAAAUAAAGAGAACAGGAAGAAUAAUAAUAAUUGCCUAAGACUGAAGUUUUUUCAAUAUUCAUAAAAACAAUUAUGGAAGUAUCUAAUCCGACCUCUACCUUUAGAAUAAUUUGGGAAUCAAUAAGCAUGUUAUUUAUUUUUGUAUAAAUGAUAUACAUUCCAAUGGCAUUAUCAUUUUCAAUUGAUAGCUCCUUUGAGAUGGAGAUCAUUAAUGAUAUAAUGGAUAUAUUUUUUGUUGUAGAUAUGCUGCUUAAUUUUCGAUUGGCAUAUUAUGAAAAUGGAAAAUUGGAGUAUCGCUUAAAAUAUAUAGCAUUAAAUUAUCUAAAAUUGUGGUUUUGGAUAGAUGCGAUAGCAGUUCUUCCUUUCGAUUUAAUGAUAGGAACUGAUAGUAAUUAAUCAACACAAAUAUUAAAAUUUGUGAGAUUGUUUAAAUUUGUGAAGAUUAUACGCCUAUUAAGAGUCUUGAAAUUGGGAAGAAUUUUGAUAAAAAUAGAAGAAACAUUCUCAAUAGAAUAAACUCUCUAGGCUAUAAUACAAUUCCUCAAAAUAACAGCUAUGAUUUUAUGUAUAGCACAUUGGAUAGCAUGUAUUUGGAAUAUAAUUGAAUUUGUGGAUGAGUAAGUAGAACUAACAUGGAUGACACAAUAUGGUAUCCAUGACGCUCCUUGGGAAGUUAAAUAUAUAACAGCCUUCUACUUCAGUAUAACUACAAUGAUAACAGUGGGUUAUGGUGAUAUCAGUCCAAACACAAAUUUAGAAAUGAUUUUUGGGAUUAUUGUGAUGGUUCUUUCAUCAGGAGUUUUUGGAUUCAGUAUGUCUAGUUUGAAUUUCAUUAUACAAGGAGAGGAUUAGAACAUUGCUGAGAUAAAAGAAUAAAAUUAAAAAAUAGUUAAAUAUAUUAAAUAGAAAAACAUACCAAAAACAUUAUAAAUUAGAGUUAAGAAUUAUUUAGAAUGGCUAGAAGGAUCUGCUUAAGUAGCCAAAAACUCAUAAAUGGUCAUUUUAAAUAACUUAUCAUCAAAUCUGCACACAGAAGUAUUGACUUUAUUACAUGGCAGAAUUUUAAAAUAAGUUAAUUUGAUCAGCAGAGAAUUUUCCUCUUAAUUGACAAACAAACUAAUUUAUGUUUUAAAAGAACAUCUUUUAGGACCAGAAGAAUAUGUUUUCAAAGAAAAUUAAGUGGACAGUAAUUUAUUAUACUUCAUUUAAAAUGGUUAAGUGGAUAUUUGUCUAACAAGAAGAGAGUUUUCACUAAAACUAUUAAAUAAAGGAGAUUACUUUGGGGAGAUAAGUUUUUUUAGUAAAAGUCCUAGGACAGCAAGUGCAAAAACACUUGAUUUUGUUAAUUUGAUGAGUUUAAGUAGAAAAGAUUUGUGGGAACAAGCUCAGGAUUUAAAUUCAGAUUUGGAAAAGCUUUUCUAUAUAAAGAAUUGUGUGGAUGUUGAGAAUUCAUUAAAGCCAUUGCGAUUGAGAUGUUACAUUUGUGAUAGGCCACAUCAUAUUGCAAGGAAUUGCACUAUUAUGCAUUUUAGAGUUAGAAGGUUGAAAGUAAUAGAAGAGUAUUUGAAGUAAAAGAAUACCAGAAUAAAAGAAUUUAAGAGAAGAAAUGGAAAAUCCUUAAUAUCAUCAUCUUAAAUUAUCUAUUCAAAAUCAGAUGCUGUUUUUAGAUACAGAUUUUAAUAAUUGAAAUAAAUUGUAAAAACUUCAUAAUAAAUUGAAAAUCUUGAUGAAUCAGCUGUUGAUUAUUCAAAGUUAUCAACACAGAUUGAUGAUAAUAAUUUUUGUCUUGAUAGACAUCGAGAUUAUUCAGAAUUCUACACUGAAUUUAAUCCAACUAAAAUAAUUUCUGAAAUAAAUAAAUAUUCUGAAUAAAAAUUAUAAGAAAUGAGAGAAGAAAAAGAAUAAAUAGCAAAUAGAUUCAGAUAAAAUUGGAUGAAUAGCAGAAGAUAAAAAUAGUUGUAGAUUGCUCCUCCACGAUAAUCUAAAUUGUCAUUUGAUGCUCAGAAGAUUUUUUCAUCCGACAUCUAGCAUAUCAUAUUUUCUGAAGAUUCUUCGAGUUCUCAUUCAUCUUAUAAUUUGUUAACCAAAAAAAGUGUGAGAGGUAAAAGACUUCUAGACAUUCAAACGUAGAAAUAAUUAUUGUAAGAUUAAAAGAUCAACAUCUCGUUCCUAGUUAGAAAAAUUUCUACAAAAGAAGUAAAGUUCAUUUGA